AUGCCUGCCGCCCCGAAACAGCGAAAGAUUGCAAUUGUCGGCAGUCGUUCUGUCGGAAAAUCGUCUCUCACUGUCCGUUUUGUCGAGCACCACUUUGUCGAAAGCUACUAUCCCACAAUUGAGAACACCUUCAGCCGGAUCAUCAAGUACAAUGGUCAAGACUUUGCUACAGAGAUUGUGGAUACUGCAGGCCAGGAAAGUCCAAAUAUAGAUGAUGAGUACAGCAUCUUGAAUUCCAAGCACUUCAUUGGUAUCCAUGGCUACAUAAUUGUUUACUCAGUCACAUCUCGCCAGUCCUUUGAGAUGGUGCGAGUUAUUCGAGACAAGAUUCUGAAUCAUCUUGGAGCUGAUGAGGUGCCACUUGUGGUGGUGGGUAACAAGAGUGAUCUUAAGCCAGAGCAACGCCAGGUUUCUGUUGAUGAAGGUCGACAAUUGGCAGAGGAGAUCAAGUGUGCCUUUACCGAAGCCAGUGCCUUCCUUGAUUUCAAUGUCUCCAAGGCCUUCGAUCUGAUUAUUGGUGAAAUUGAAAAGUCUCAGAAUCCCUCUCAGCCUACUGGAGAUCAAAAGUGCUCUGUAAUGUGA